CUCUCUGCAUCCUUGAAAGUUUUCUUUUAAUUUCUUUUUUGAGGUUAACUGGAGAUUUCUUGAAACAUGUUUGAGAAGAGAAGUGGUAGAAUAAGGCCCUUCAGGGAAGCUCCAUCAUUGGUAGAUCUUUGUGUUAAGAUUGCUAUAGAUAAUGUAAGAUAUAUUGGAGAUGUUGGUGAAACUGAUUUACAUUUGCUCAAGCGCAUUUUGCCACAUUGUACAAAGGAUCAGUUGAUUCAUGUGGAGGAUAGUACAGUAGGAAGAGAUCUUAGUCCAGUUACAGAUGUGCUUUGGAUGCAGUUCUACAAGAAAGAUUUUGGUGAGAAGAGCUUCAAUAUUGUAGUUGAGAGGAUGAAGGAGAACAAAGUGACAUUUGGAUGGAAACAAUUGUAUGAGGCAAAGACAAAAGAUGUAAGCGAGGCCGAGAUGAAAGCAGUUAAUCGUCUAAAGCAAUUAUAUCAAACUGCAGAUGCUCGAAAACAAAGUCGGAAAAUUCAGAUUUGCACAAAGGUUCCACCUUCAAGCAAUAAAAGAAGCUUUGGCAGUGCAUAUAACCUUUCUGGUACAAAGAGCAACUUGAUGAAGAAGGCAAAAUUAGAUCUCCUUAAAAGUCAAGAAGUAAAAAAUCUUGCAGCCAUGAGGAAGAAUGCUGUUCAAAGGUCUUAUAGUGUCUCUCCGGCAAAGCAUAGCGGGGCUUCAACUUCCAAACCGAGCAAGCCAUUCAACAGAAGAUUUUAGAAGCAUGCCAUUAUCAGCAUUGGCAUUGUAUGUAGAUAAUAAGAAAGAAUUGGAUGGUUUAUUUGUGUUAUCAAACGGGUUUGUGUAAUUCCCUUCUACAUGUAUCUUCAAAUCUAGCUCCUUUGCCUAGGGGUUCAACAUUUGAACAGGAUUGCUGUAUUUUGUUCAAAAUUAAACAAAAUUAGUUUUUUUAUU